AUGCGAUCCUCUCUCCUCCCUCUCUUUCUCCUCCCGCUCUUCGCAUGUGCCCAGCAGCAGUCAGGCGGAAACUCAAACAAUGUCCAGCUCUCGACAACAAUCAUCGUCAGCCCAACACUAGGUCCUGACCGAGCAGAGUCUUCCGUCACCAUCACCCGUGUCUUUACCGUAACGCCAGCCGCGACCUCCGCUGCCCCGACGGCCACUGGCAACAACCCUAGCGGCUCAGCUUCGGGCAGUGUGCGGCCCUCCGGCAGCGGCAAUGCUCCCUCAGCAACCAUCACUACGACCCCCGCAAAUCUUCCAACCGCGCAGAGCAUCGACGCGGGCCAAACACACAGUGCACCCAUUCCCGGAGCGAAAGCAGGCGGUGGGAUUUACGGCCCAGACGACGAUUACACCGCUGGCGCCCUCGCGCUUAGACGGAGCACCGUGCUCAUGGGAGCGGCAGGUUUAGUUGCUGGAGGUGCGGUUAUGUUACUUUAA